UAAUAAAUAAAUAAAGGACAAUCAAAAGAAUAAAGAAAAGGAAAAAAUCAUCGGCUAAGGCGCGAAGCUAUCAUAUUUCUUCGGUUAGCAGUAGUGCAAGGAUUGGAUAGAUAGAAUGCAAUUGAAUGAUGAAUCCACAUCAACACGAGGAUCCCAUCUCUGGACACUCAAAUCCAUUGCUGAUUAGCGAAAAACACUUGCAUUUCGCAUUACCCAAAUCCUCAUACGCUAUUAUAAUUUCUAAUUUCUAAUUUCUCUUCUAUCUUCCCUUGAUUUUCCCCUUUUGGAUCGUUGCGUUGCGGUUGAAGAUUCCUAACGCUUCACAUUGAUUCAACCUCACGGUUCUUUUGUACCGGUCGGUUGUUGCAUUCCCUUUACACAUUAUCUUUUUUUUUGUUUUCUUCCCAUUUUCUUAUCUUUCGAAAAGCGAAAAAACCCACCUUCUACAUCUUCUCCUGAUCUGGGGUUCUCAUCUAUAUGGAUGACAGCAUGGAGGGAAGGAGCAACUAGUUAAUUCAGUCUGAGGUACUGUGAUCUGUUGAAUGUUAUGUAGUCAAACAACACAAUGGCAAUGUCUUUGAAGACUGUAAUGGCUAUCAAAUCUUACCAAAGUCAAGCUGAUGCACUAGUAAAGAACUAUUUAUUAGCAGACCAUUUUGUCCCAUUCACUUCUGUACUUGGAGGGAUGCUUGCUUGUAAAUUGAUUUAUGAUCUCACUCAAUUAGUUAGCAAUUUUUAUUUUAAAAGUUAUCUUGGUCUUACAAAAAUCCAACGAGUGGAGUGGAAUAACCGCGGCAUGUCCACUUUUCAUGCAAUCUAUAUCUCAAUCAUGUCAUUGUACUUCGUUUUCUGGUCAGAUCUCUUCUCUGACCAGCGUCAUGCUGGGCUUGUUACCUUUCAAAGUUCAACGUUGUCUACUUUCAUAUUGGGGAUUUCAGUUGGGUACUUCUUGGCAGAUCUUGGAUUGAUUGUUUGGCUGUAUCCUUCCUUAGGUGGGAUGGAGUAUGUUGUCCACCACUCUCUUUCCGGACUAGCAGUGGCUUACUCUGUUUUUUCUGGAGAAGGGCAACUCUAUACUUAUAUGGUCCUCAUUUCGGAGAUUACAACUCCUGAGAUUAAUAUGAGAUGGUAUCUUGAUACUGCUGGUAUGAAGAGGUCCUGUGCAUAUUUGAUUAAUGGCAUUGUAAUAUUUUUUGCAUGGCUGAUUGCUCGCAUACUGCUGUUUGGAUACACAUUCUAUCACGUUUACUUGCACUAUGAUCAGGUAAUUAAGAUGCAUGUAAUUGGAUAUCUUUUGGUAUUUGGAGUGCCAACAGUGCUAGGUAUGAUGAACUUGAUGUGGUUCGGAAAGAUUGUCAAGGGAUUAAUGAAAACUAUAUCAAAGAGGUGACGGGACACGCUUUCUUCUUGUCGAUAUCUCUUCCCCUUCACCCUCUUGGUCUAUUUCUUAACAUCUACACGUGGGUUGAGGAGAGAGGAAUUUGAUGAUGGUAUGUAGUGUGUUGUAAAUGGUUCAAAAUAACUUAAACUUGUUGACAUUUAGUGCCUUUUUCGUCUUGUCAGAUUUGUGUACCAAUCCAUUUUUUCUGUAUAGUUCCUUUUUAUUUUUUCUCAUUUUUUUUUUGAAGAGUGCAUACAUACAAACGUAUGGAAGAAAGUUGGUGUUACUACAGCAAUAAUUUUUUUGUAUUCAGUUA